GAGAGAAAUGGAAUGGAGUAAGGUUUGCAUGGAUGUGAUAAUGAUUCCAUCAGGGGUGUUGUUUCCAAUAGUGUAUCAUGGCUGGCUCUUCUACAUGGUAAGGACUCGACCUCAGAGAACAAACCUUGGUAUUGAUGCUGUUGGCCAACAAUUAUGGAUCUCUGCCAUGUUGAAGGACAAUGACAAGAAGAACAUACUGGCAGUGCAAACACUGAGGAACAGCAUAAUGAGCUCCACACUAAUGGCCAGCACCUGCAUCCUCAUCUGUUGCGGCCUUUUAACCUUCACCAGCAACAUAUAUUCACACAGAUCCUAUGAGACAUCGACCUUUGACAGUUCCGGAGCCAUCACUCUUGCCUUCAAGUCUGCCACGUUGGUCCUCGUCUUCCUCUCCGUCUUUGUCUCCCAAGCUCUCUCCAUUAUGUUCCUCAACCAGGUUGGCAUUCUCAUCAACAUCCUGACAAUGGAAUGUUGCACCAUUACUGAACAACAUGUCUAUAUAUUGCUGAGGAAAGGAAUAUUUCUCAAUACUGUCGGCAACAGGCUGUUCUUCAUUGCUCUUCCUUUGAUACUCUGGUUGUUUGGGCCAAUCCCCGUCUUUGUCUGUUCUCUGGCUACGGUUCCUGUCUUGUAUAACCUCGACAUUGUACCUGGAGAAAAGAAGCCGGUUAUCGGAGUAAGGGUGGCCAAUGCCUGAAGGAGCAAUGAUGCUUUCUCUGC